CCAGCCUCGCACCGGGGGACUCCGGGCACCAGGGACGAGGACGGGCUCAGCAUGAGCAAGUACCUGCUGGGGGCUGUGGCGCUGGUGGCCGUGGGGCUGCUGAUUGUGUCUGGUGGCAUCUAUGACCCAGCAGAUGGUGAGUGCUGGGCAGGAUGCGGGCACACGGCAGCAUGCAUGUGGCUGUGGUUCGAUGCCUCCCUCCUGUCUGGUUCCACUCCCCAGACCCCACAGAGCACGUGGUGAAUCGGGAUGUGGCAGCCGGGGAGCAGGAACCGCUGCUGCCCAUUGACAGCAAUGCCUCACAGAAGAAGCUGCCACCAUCGGGUGCUGGGGACCUGCAGAGCCCACAGUCCCUGAGCCUGCUUCUGGACAAGCUGGCGAAGGAGAACCAGGAGAUCCGGCUCAUGCAGGCAGAGCUGCAGGCCCACAAGGAAGAGCUGCAGGUGCUGCUGCGCAAGAGUGAGGGCAAAGUGGCGGUAGCCGGGGCACAGCAGCAGAGCCUGGAAGCAGAGAAUGCGCGGCUUCGGGCGGCGCUGGAGCGGGAAGCAGCCAUGCUGCGGGAGACCCAGGCUGAGCUGCAGCGCCUGCGGGAGGCUGCAACACCGGAGCAGCCCCCCGGCCCCAGUGGGGACACGGCGUGGCGUGAGGGCCCACGCUUGGCGUCGGUGCGGCGGGAGCUGGCAGGGGCCCUGGAGCGGGCACGAGGCACCGGGGGGCUCGAGGCGCUGGUGGCAGAGCUGAGCGCCCUGGAGCAGCGCCUGAGCAGGGAGCUGGAGGCAGGGGGGGCCUGGAAGAAGCGGUUCAAGGCAGAGAAGGAGAGCAAGCGGCACGGUGCCGACGAGCGCAAGAGGAGGGGACACGGCAAACCCUAUGGGCGCAGCAAGGACACCCGGUUCCCCCGGGAGUACAAGCAGGGCAAAGCCUGGGGGAAGCCGUCUCGGGUCCCCCCCUUCAGCCGGUACCGGGCACCCCAGGGCUGCAUUGGGGUGGCUGAAUGCGCCCGCAAGGAGGGCCAGGAGGUGCUGGGGGCCGCGCUGGAUCCGGUGCAGAAGAGCCAGUUCCUGCGGCUGCUGGAGGGGUUCAUGGGGCGGCUGGGCUGGGGGCAGCACUUUGAGGGAGUGGCAGCGCAGCUGGACGGGGCCUUCGGACCUGAUGGGGCCUUUGCCCACGACCGCCUGCGCUUCACCGACUUCGUGGAGGAGGUGGAGGAGAUGCUGGAGGCAUUGGCACGGCGCGAGCGGGGCGGCAAGGACGCGGCCGAUGGCUUCGAGGAGUUUGUGCUGAGCCACUACCGCGGGCUGGGCCCCGAUGUCUGCACCGUGCUGCGCCUCUCCGGACCCCUCAAGGAGCAGUAUGCCAAGGAGCAUGGCCUGGACUUCCAGCGGCUCCUGGACGCCAGUGCCUACAAGGAGAUGUUCCGGCAGGACAUGAUUCAUUGGGGCGAGGAGAAGCGCCACGCCGACCCCGGCUUCUUCUGCAGGGCAGCGGUGGAGGGAGCGGCGCAGCCGGUGUGGGUGGUGAGCGACACGCGGCGCCUCUCGGACGUGGAGUGGUUCCGGGAUGUCUACGGUGACGUGGUGCAGACUGUGCGGGUCGUGGCCACUGAGGAGACGAGGAAGAGGAGGAACUGGGUCUUCGUUGCUGGGGUGGAUGACGCCGAGUCAGAGUGUGGCCUGGACCAGGGAGUGAGCUUCGACUGGGUGAUCACCAACGAUGGGGAUGAGCUGUCCCUGGACCAGCAGCUGGAGAUGCUCCUGCAGGCGGUCCGCAGCCGCCUGUAGCUGUGGCCUCUCUCCCAGUGGUGGGGGGUGCCCCAGAUCCCCCCUUGUGCCUGUGCUGGAAGUAAAGCUCUGACACCGAGA